AGUGUUGUUAUAACCAUUACCAGUCUCUACCAGUGGUAGUGUUAUAACCAGUCUCUACCAGUGGUAGUGUUAUAACCAGUCUCUACCAGUGGUAGUGUUAUAACCAGUCUCUCUCUACCAGUGGUAGUGUUGUUAUAUCCAGUCUCUACCCGUGGUAGUGUUAUAACCAGUCUUUACCAGUGGUAGUGUUGUUAUAUCCAGUCUCUACCCGUGGUAGUGUUAUAACCAGUCUUUACCAGUAGGUAGUGUUGUUAUAACCAGUCUCUACCAGUGAUAGUUCAGCUGAACUGCAGUCUAAAUGUAGCUAUCUGACCUUUUCGUCCUGCUACUCCAGAAACUGCAACACCUGUUUACUUACAUUAUGCUGUUGCUGUUCAGACUUCUCUUGAUUAUUGCGGAUCCAGUGGAGAGAAGGUGAGGAUGACGAUGUUGGACUGUUCUUCUUGCUGUUCCUGGGUCAGCAGACUGAGAUGUCCCCGACCUCACGGCUUUCUAGCCCACGUUAUUACCAAAGUGUGUCUGGGAGCGUUGUUGUUUGGGGUGGUCUGGUCCAUCGCUGAGAAGGAGUGUUAUCCAGGGGGGAAUCUGUUCGGCAUCACCAUCUUGUUUCUCUGUGCUGUGUGUGGAGGAAAACUGGUCGGACUGAUCCAAAUCCCCACAAUGCCCCCCUUCCCCCCUUUAGUUGGUAUGUUGCUGGCAGGUCUGGUGCUGCGUAACGUACCGUACGUAACUGAGGCGGUCCACAUUGAGCAGACCUGGUCAGCAGCUCUGAGGAACGUCGCUCUGGCCAUCAUACUGACCCGUGCUGGACUGGGCCUCGACCCUUCGGCUCUCCGCAGACUCAAGGCGGUGUGUGUGCGACUGGCAGUAGGACCGUGUACAGUGGAGGCAUCAACAGUAGCUGUGAUGUCUCACUUCCUGAUGGGCUUGCCCUGGGUCUGGGGAUUCGUACUGGGAUCAUUCACAGCUUUGUGGAAGUUACCUGUGGUGCUGAUGUUUAGGCCAAGGUUUGUUCUGAGUGCUGUAUCCCCAGCGGUGGUGGUGCCCUCCAUGUUGUUACUCCAGAAGGAUGGCUACGGCGUGGAGAAGGGAAUCCCUACUCUGCUGAUGGCUGCUGGGAGUUUUGAUGACAUCCUGGCCAUCACAGCAUUCACCACCUCUCUGGGCGUGGCCUUUGCCUCAGACUCGACAUGGCUCAAUGUGAUGAAAGGCGUGCUAGAGGUGGUAGGAGGAUCAGCGGCUGGCCUGGUGCUAGGACUCUUCAUCUGUUUCUUCCCCAGUCAGGAUCAGGAGGAAUUGGUAUUGAGGAGAAGUGUCAUGUUACUGGGUCUGUCUGUGUUUGCUGUGUUUGGGAGCCAUGUAGCAGGGUUCUCUGGUGCAGGGGGACUCUGUACUCUGGUCAUGGCCUUCAUAGCUGCGCUGGGCUGGGGGGAAACGAAGGGCCCAGUAGCAGCAGUGGUAGGGAGGUUCUGGGACAUCUUCCAACCGCUGUUGUUUGGACUGGUAGGAGCACAAAUCACAGUAUCUACACUGGACCCCAACACAGUGGGUCUGGGCAUGGCAUGUCUCGGGACAGGUCUGGUUAUCAGGGUUCUCUUCACGUUUCUCAUGGUGUUCUUUGGUGGAUUCAACACAAAGGAGAAGCUGUUUAUCUCUGUGGCUUGGCUUCCCAAGGCCACAGUACAGGCAGCGAUAGGUUCUAAAGCCUUGGACAUGGCCCGUGUGUCGGGGGAUGAGGUUCUGGUGAAGUACGGUCUGGAUGUUCUGACUGUGGCUGUUCUGGCCAUCCUCACUACAGCACCUAUAGGAGCCCUGGGGAUCGGCCUGGCAGGGCCCAGACUGCUGACCAGACACCCGGAGGACACACACGCAGACAGGAAAGAGGGUGACUUGGAGGCAGACACGGAGACGCCACAGAAAGACAUGGUGACCUUCGAGAGCAAAUUAUAACGAGAGUAGAGGAGAGGAGACGGGAGAGGAGAGGAGAGGAGGGGAGGGGAGAGGAGAGGAGAGG